CAUCAAUUUCCUCCCUGUUGCCGUACACCUGCAGCUUUGGAAGCUUCCAGUUAAUAGCUCCUUCACUCCUCUCCUCCUCCUUCCCCGAUCGAGAUCAUCCAAAAAUUUCUUGCCAAAGGCCGCACCUUUGCAGUUCUCACUGCACAGGUAUAAAGAAAAGGCCACGCCUUUGCCUCGUCAGUUAUCUCUUCGUUUCUUCUUCUUCCUCCUUCGACGAGAGCAAGCAAGAAGCCAUGGCGGACUACAACCGCUACGGCUACGGCGGCUACGGCUCCACCCCGUCAGCGCCACCCGCCUCCUCCUACGGCUACACCACCACGCCCUCCGCCCCACCGGCCUCCUCCUCCUCGUCCUACGGCUACGGACAUGGCGGCGGCGGUUACCCGUCCUCCACCUACCCACCGCCGCCGCCGUCGUCGUCGCAGGCGUAUCCCAUGGGGAUGGGGGGCUUCCUGGUGUUCCCGCCGGGGACGCACCCGGACGUGGAGCGCGCCUUCAGGGCCGUGGACCGCGACGGCAGCGGCUCCAUCGACGAGCGGGAGCUGCAGGACGCGCUCUCCUCCGCCUACCACCGCUUCAGCAUCCGCACCGUCCGCCUCCUCCUCUUCCUCUUCAACAAACCUGCCUCCCAUUCCCCCUCUCGCAUGGGUCCAGCAGAGUUCGUGUCACUGUGGAAUUGCCUUGGGCAAUGGCGGGGCAUUUUCGACAGAUACGAUAGGGACGGGAGUGGAAAAAUUGAGAAAGAUGAGUUGAGAGAAGCUCUACGCAGUCUUGGAUAUGCGGUUCCACCUUCUGUCCUUGAGCUUCUUAUCGCGAACUACAACAAUGGAGUCUCCAGCCGUGGCGCGUUGGACUUUGACAACUUUGUGGAGUGUGGAAUGAUUGUUAAGGGUUUAACUGAAAAAUUCAAAGAGAAGGAUACACGCUACAGCGGCUCGGCAACUCUUUCAUAUGACGGGUUCUUGUCAAUGGUCAUUCCCUUCAUUGUCCCUUGACUUCUUCGGGUGUCUCAAGACCCAAAGAGCUUUGAAUUUGUACAGCUUUUCAGCUAUGUUUCUGCUUCCUAGUUGGAUUUGUUUGUGCAAAUAGGCCUUGGUGAUUUUAUUGACUCUGUGCCGUACUGUGUACUUAGUACCAUUUUGUUUUCCCUAUAGCCUAUAUCGACUGUUACCUGUGAUUGCGUCUCGGUUCUGACAUGCUUUGAUCUUAGUUAUCCUCAAAUGUAAUUGCCUUUUGAUGCUAACAGAUAAUAUGGGAGAGUAAACUCAGCAUCUAUGUUCAGUCAAGUUCUUAAAA